AUGGCUUUCUUCGUUCUUUCUAUUUCUUUCUUCCUCACUCACCUCGUCUCAGGUCAGGCGCCUAGCAAUUCGACAGAUAACCACCCCAAGCUUGAAACCUUCAGAUGCACUGUCAAAGAUGGAUGUCAAAAGAAGACCAACUAUAUCGUGGUCGACUCCAGCCAGCAUGCUAUCGAAACGUCUAGUGGAGUGAGUUGUGAUACCGGCAACAGCCCGCCUAACUCCACUGCGUGUACGACUCCGGAAGAGUGCGCAAAGAACUGCCAUAUUGAAGGGAUCUCCGACUACAGCGCCAAUGGCGUAUUUACCCGUGGUAGCGACCUUCGCUUGACUAUGUUCAACGACAAUGGUGCAGAGGUUUCGCCACGAGUCUACUUGUUGGAAGAGAACAAGGAGCGAUACGAGAUGAUCCGGUUGACCGGCGCUGAAUUUACUUUCGAUGUUGACAUGGUCAAGCUGCCCUGCGGUAUGAACGGCGCACUCUACCUGUCCGAGAUGCCAGCCGACGGUGGCAAGAACACUAGCAGUCUCAAUAAGCUUGGUCCAAGCUGGGGUACUGGCUACUGUGAUGCCCAGUGCUUCAAGACCUCAUUCAUCAACGGAGUCGGUAACUUUGAAGGGAAAGGCUCUUGCUGUAACGAACUUGACAUUUGGGAAGCCAACUCCCGUGCGACGCAUAUCGCGCCUCAUCCUUGCAGCUUGUCAGGUCUCUACAAGUGCACCGGCGAGGAGUGCGAAAAGGCAGGCGUGUGCGAUAAGUCUGGUUGCUCUUGGAACCCGAACAACGUAAAUGCCACCAACUACUACGGUAGAGGCGACGAUUUUGAGGUAGAUACGACCCGCAAAUUCACCGUCGUCACUCAAUUCCCCUCGGAGAACGGCAAGCUCAAGGAGCUCCGCCGCAUGUACAUACAAGACGGCAAGGUCAUCCAGAACAACGUCGUGAACAUUGAAGGACCUCCAAAGAUCAACUUCAUGGACGACGAGUAUUGCCAAGCUACCGGCGCAUCGGAAUUCAUGCGCCUGGGUGCCAUGGAAGGUAUGGGAAACGCCAUGACCCGUGGCAUGGUUUUGGCUCUGAGCUUGUGGUGGGAUAAGGCGACGUUCAUGGAGUGGCUUGAUCAGGGCAGCAGCGGACCUUGCAACGCUACCGAGGGUAACCCGUCGGUGAUCACUCAAAUUGUGUCUAAUCCUGAGGUGACUUUUAGUAACAUACGUUAUGGAGAGCUCAACUCAACAAUGAACAUGAAGCUCUAA